UGUGAGGGGAUGCGCGGCGGGGCGGCGCGGGCCGAGCUCCGCCGCCGGAGCCAGCGGCCCCCCGGGGCGGCGGCAGCAGCGGCGGAGGCGACCGGGACCCGCACCUGGCGGCGGCCCUGGGCUCGGGAACGGGCAGGAGAGGAGGGAUGACCUCUAAGGAUGUUUCAGGUGAAGCUCAUAGUAACUGGAGAUGACUUUGGCUAUUGUCCUCGGAGAAACCAAGGCAUUGUGGACUGUUUCCUGGCUGGAGCGGUAUCUAACGUGUCCCUGCUAGUCAACGGAAGUGCUGCAGCAGAUGCAGCCAAGCUGGCAAGGAGAUACAACAUCCCAAUAGGACUGCAUGCCAACCUCUCCGAGGGCUCCCCUGUAUGUGAGGUUCUCAAAACAAACUCUUCUCUGCUCAAUGAAGAUGGAUUUUUCCACGGGAAGAUGGGAUUCAGAACAGCCCUAUCAAAAGGUCUCCUGAAUAUGUCAGAGGUGAAGCAGGAGCUAAAGGCCCAGGUGGAGCUGUUCCAUGAGCUGACAGGCCACCUACCUCCUCACAUGGAUGGGCACCAGCAUGUUCACGUCCUCCCAGAGGUCAGGAAUGUAUUUGCAGAGGUGUUAGAGGAAUAUGGGAUCAAAUACACACGUGUCCCAAUAGAGCCAGGCCUUCAUAAGUGUGACUGGAUCACACCAUCCCUGAUGGACUUUUAUCUGGGAGUAGAAGAAGAUUCUCUUAACACAGUGGAUGUGUUUACAAGUCAUGGAAUAAGCAUUAAUAUCUGUGUUCCGACCUCUGGCUGCAGGUGGCCAGACAUUUACAUAGGUUUGAGUACCAUGGGCAAGAACAUGUCCGUGAGCACCAUCUGGAGUGCCAUCGACGCUGCCAUUGUGGAGUUCACAUCCAAGGCGCCCUCACCACCCGUACACCUGACACCACAGAGCAAGACCGUAACGAUUGAACUGAUGGUGCAUCCGGGGUACCCGAGCGUCCCACCCAUCGGUGGCUGUGGGGAAGGACCAGAUGAUUUCUCACAGUCCUGGGAGCGCCUGCACGAACUCCAGACAUUAAUUAAGCCAGAGCUGCAGAGCCAUUACAAAACCAGGAACAUUCAGCUCUGUUCAUUCAAAGAUCUUUAAGGAAGCAGGCAUACACACACACAUUGUUUGUUCUUUGAGGAUGCGCAGAAGCCAGCCCGCUGCUGUUUGUGCUACCUCCCUGACAGGAGCUGGGGAUGGCCUAGGGAUGGUGUUAGCCCUUUGAUGGAAGGUGCCACACCCCGUGAGCGGUGACAGGCAGUACCCCAAAGCCCAGUUUUUAGGUCACAGCAUCUGCUUUGAACGUUACAGCUCUUUUCAGUGUAGCCCACUCACGCACCAUGCCGUGGCACCAGCGUGGCAGCAAAGGUCAGGUCACCCUACCAGAGGUCAAUUCUGGCCGACGUGAUGGCAAACGGCACGAAGAUGCUUUGCUGUGAGACCAAGGAGCACGAGCAUUUCUGUUUCAGCAAUGUUUUUCAUUUCUGAACUUAUUUGCCAAAACAAACACCAAACCCACAUGCUGGGUAGCAAAUGCUUUGGAACAACCCAUCAUUGUAGGCUGGCUACAGGGGGACUAGAAACCGGCAACAUUUCAUUUUCUUAACGCACAGUCUUGCUGCAUGGACCCUUACCUGCUACUUGUGCCUGCAUGUCAGUGCCAAGGGCACAUUACUUCGGAGCAUUUCCCCAGUCACAGCAGUCAGAUCGUGGUUUUAGCCUGAUGGUGAGUACUGCCAUGCUCCAUGGAAGUCCCCGGUCAGCACCACUUAAGGCUCCUUCUAUUUUUGUUCCUCAGCACAGAGCCAUCACAGGAGAGUACCCAUCAGUGACAGCCCUUUCAGACUUUUUUUUUUUUGGAUGACUUUGCAGGAACAGCAACUGUUGACCCAGCUGCUGCUGCUUCGGUAGCUGCCGCAUGUAAGAGCUCACCAGCACCCAUUACUGCGCUGCCCGCUCGCUGCCUGCCAUGAAAAAUGCAUGGGAUGGCUGUCCACCAGCUAGCAGCAAGUUCUCAAGUGGACAAAGUCCUUGUACCUUUGUUCAUUUUUAUUCCAAUCAUGAAAGCAUUUGAACUCCAACAAGCCCUAGUAAUCCCAUGUUUUAACUCCAUUUUAAACUGUGGCCCUGUCACUUGCUCGUAACUUUCAUGUGGGGAAAAACUAUUGUUUACACUAAUUUUCUGCACAAAAGCACUCUACUUAGCAUUACUUUUAACUGUUUUUAAAAAAUUAAAAAUUUCAAUAUGACCAUCAUUCUUUUAAAUGAAGAAUAAACUCAGGCCUUUUUCUACUGUAACGCUUCAAGAGACUUCUGUUUUGACUUUUAGCUAAAAAACACUCAAGUAUCCACUCUAAGGGUGAUCACCUGCAGAAUGCCAAAAGAACAUCCUUUGUACCAUUAAUGGGAACCAGCUCACCUUUCCUUUUGGUCAGCUGAGGGAGUUUUUGUUCUGUACAAAUAAAAAAAAACAUCACCAAGGACAUUUUAUAAAUAUUUUUUCAGGCUAUUUCCUAAAUGACUAUCACAGUUUAAAACAAACACCUGCCACACUGUGCCAGUGCUACACAAAGCAGUUUCAGGUUACAGUAGUAGCUAGCACAUGGAAUGACAACUUCUGUAGCUUGCCCCAUUGGUGUUUGAUGGUGAAGUUUAUGUUUGUGGUGGUAACAGAACCUGAAAAAAAGAGAUGGUAAACCUGUGGAAGGUGACUGAAGAUGCUGAGCGCGGUGAGACGUGUGAGUGCCAUCUAGUGACUGAUGGUAUCUUACGUACAGCAGUAUGCCUGACACCAACACAGCUUAGCUGAUCGCACUCAGCUUUUAACGUAAUGGAGCCGUAUUUUGAUGUACAAAUUUUAACCUUAUUUUUAACUUUUAAAUCGCACCAUAUCCUAAUUAAUAAAUUUGCUCUGAUCACAAUCGAUAGGUUACAACAUUUUGACUUGUGUGCAUUUUCCGCUAGCUCAACAUGGAAAUUGACAUGAUGACAGCGGUCUUAACCCGAGUUGGUUCUGUAUUGUUAAGAACAUUCUAUAAAUACCGGAUUCUUAAGCAAACAGCAUUGAAACACAAAUUUUCUUUUAAAUUCAAACGAGUUUUAAAUGGGAAAAUGAAUAAAGAACUACUAAAGGACUUCUAUAUAAGAAACCUUUCAAUUGCACAAAAUGCACAGGGCGAAGUUUUCUCAGCAGUUCUAUAAAAGCUUUAAAAACAACAUUGAGUUCAAAUUAAAAAUGCAUUCAGACCACUACAUGUGAAUGACGCUGGAUCAAGAUACUUAAAAAAAGUCUGAAAACAAAACCAUGCCACACCACCGUUGAGAGCAAUUUUUAUUAGGGUAGCAGUAUGGAAUUGCAGAAAGCCUAUACCAGUGCUCCUGGGUGUCGUUUCACCAGUAUGUUGUUUUUAUUUUGGAUUUUAAACUGCAUGUUUAGAAUUCAGCAUGGCUUAGGGAACCAAAGAGCACAAGAGCUUGAUUUCCUGAGUUAACAAAGGAUUUGACUUCUCCCCUACCCCCCCAACUUCAACCAUACAGUACAGUAUUUGAUGUCUCAUCUUUCUUUCCGAGGGCCACCUACAGACAACAGCCAUUAUUUAUGUUACACACCUCAUAGUUUAGAAAUUGAGCUAUGAAGAACACACAACGAGAACUGAUAGUAACACCUGUCUUCUACAUGAUCUUUACAGAUGAAUUGGAGUAGCCGGUGUAUAGCACUGCUAUAGGCCUGCAUGAAUCAGCUGCAGCUCCUUGAAUUACACAGCCCUUCCAGUUCCCUUUCAGUGGCAUCCAAGUCACACUGAUUCAACGAAAUGCAGUCUUUAACCUGAGAGGCUUACAACCAGAAAGUAUAUUGUUUAGUAGUAAUGAUGGCAGCAAACUAGUGCCAGAGUUGUUUUAAAUAAUAAUAAAAAAAGCAAAUUUAAAGAAUGGAAAGUUUCCACGCCAGCAGACAUGAUCAAAAGGUACAGUGACUCAUCUGGUGCAGAAGUUACACACACUUCAGAUUUUGACAGAUAAUUUGGCAUUAUUUUAUUAUGAAUCCAAGUGAGCGUGAAUGAAACAAAAUCAGUACCAACUUUCUGCAAAUGAAGACACAAAGAUGUGAAAAUUUGGUAAUAGACAGUGCUCUCACAAGCCUGAAAACACUUAGGAAAUGCAAGUUUCCGUAAAUAAGGUGAAUGUGGUUUAACUUUAUUUACCUGCCAAAGAAUCUGUCUAAGAACACUUAAACAUAAAAUUUCUUAGCUCCCUAACUUAUAAAAAAAUUUACUUUCAACAGAGGUGAGGUACUGGGCUGUCAUUGUUUACACUAAGUCUGAAAUAAAAGCUGGAUGAGAGGAGUGAAUGAAGAAAUAGCAAAUAUACAAUACAUUAAAAACCAAAAAAAGAGACCUACCGCUUGACACACUAGUUCUGAAAGGUUGCAGAGGCUGUAUUAAAACUGAAUUUAGGAGUAAAAACAAACAUCUGGGUGCGAGGGAUUUUCUAGUUCAACUUCCUGCACAUCAGCGUGAUAUGUACUCCCAGAUACCCAUGGAUUUCUGGAAACGUGUUGCUCAUUAACAUACCCCAAUUCCACAGGCGGGGAAGAGAAGGCAGUUUGACUGUAUGGCAGUUUGACUGUGGAGCUAUGAUCACACUUAGAUUUAGGACAGGCAGGCUGAAGAAAAGCAAUAGAGAGAGUAGGGGAUGCUCAGUUCGGAGCAGAAAGGGCAGCCUUCAGCAUGGGCGUGCCCUGGAGCAAAGGGAAAAGAGCUCUGCCUGAUUAAGUUAGAGUGAUAGAACAAUACUUGAAGUACUCAUUAAACCAUCUAACGUGUAUUUUUAAAACACAGGAACAGCAGUAGUGAAGUGUACUCUAUUACAGUUUAUUGCUUAAUCCUAUUCUCAUACUAUUUUAAGAACUGUACAGCAACUGGGCAGGGAAGUGGCAUGAGUGCCAUCCCCUAAAGCACAGAUGUUCCAUAUGCAUUCUGAUGAGAAAACAUACUCAGAUAACUAGCAGUGCUGACAGAUUUAGUAUUUGAAUUCAAAAUUAUUUCUAAAAUCAAAAUUAUUUCUAAAAUACUGACUUUUGACUCAAGAACAGUUUAUUACUUUGGUACCUCUUGGUCCUCAGUUUCUGGAACUGGUAGCAAUGUUCUGUGCAUGUUUUCCUAGCUACUCUGCAUAGGCCUAAAGAAUAGAAGUGAAAGGAGUUUGUAAUCACAUUCCACUACUUGUUUGCUACGGAUUUUUUUUUCCAAAGUUUUCCAAAAGCAGGACAUAAGCCAUAUUUUAAUUCAAUCACGCACACAAAAACUUGGGUUUCCCCGUUUAAUAAACAUUUUGUGGUAACACCAGCCAGAUUUACAUAAGACCUGGACAUUAUUUCUGAUUGUAUUUGUGGGGUUUGUUUUUUGUUUAUUAUGUUACAAACUGAAGUUAAAGGGAACUUGCAGCAAGUCCCAAAAAGCACAGUGCAAUGUUCAAAGAGAAAAGUAAACAAAACUGCCAAACACUCAAUCAUUUUCUGCCAGAACUGGGAAUUUUUUUCUAAGACAUCAGUUUGGGGAAGGAGAGAAAAUUCAAUGAAGAAUUAAGUGAACUCAGGAUAGUGGGAACUGCAAG